AUGAACUUGUUGCUGGCGAUUCUGUUCCUUUUGUCAACAUCAAAUAGCGAUGCAGUCAAACCUUCUUUUCAACUCGGGAGGAUUUCGCCAGAAAAGCGCCAGCAGAGACGAGUUCCCAUAUUCCAGGGAGAUCCUUGUUCUGAUGCUCAGCAGGUUGAGGAUAUCAAAGCAGUGAAAUUCCAUCCGAGAUACGCGGCCCUGAAUCGUCCAUGGCUGCGAAGCAAUGUCACUGCAAAAGUUUACUCCAGCCAUGGUUUGCAACAUCAGUGGUCAAGGGCGAAAAGCUUCCCCAUACGAGGACUACCUAAUGGCACUACGGUUGAAGACGUCCUUCUCUUCCUGGAUCGCCAGAAUUGCUUAUUUCUGGCCAUCGGCGACGUCGUCUGGAAACUGAUUCACAUGGUUCGACCCGAUCAGAUUGAAGGGGAAGUCAGCUGUUCUAUAGCAGAGCUCUACCCGAAAUGCGUGGAAAAUUAUGGCACAGAGACAUGUGGUUUCUUCCCCGUUGAGGGCAGAGCUGGCCACUACCGACUGGAAAUAGGCGACCCGAUGUCUAAUCGGCUGGCGAAUACACCAUGGACUUCUCAGUUAGUUCUCCAUGAAUGGGGAUCUACUCUUGGUUUACGGGCGACGCAAUGGUCUUUUACGAUAACAACCAUGGCAAUUUGCGACGACAGCGCUGGACACGUUGUUGGUUAUAAAGAGGGUAAGGAAGAGUUUCAGUACCUUGUGGAUAUGACUGGUCGUGGUUAUGUGGACACAUGCAGAAAGCAGCUAGCUGUUCCUGUAGCGAAAACGAUGUGGAGGGAAUGGUCUGAUGAUGACUCUUCGAAGCUCUAUCGUUUUUAUCAGCUACGAAUAUUCGGCUUCACUGUCACCAACCGCCAUCUCCAGAAAUAUGUUAAUGCUGCCAUCGAGAAAAGAAGGUCGAAAAAGGCUGCGCAGACGUUCUACUGUGAAUUCGUGCUGAACGGGCUGAUCUCAUGGGCCGGCUCAGAGGGCUCUGGCUGCGCUUGCCAUCUUGUGUAUCCAGAACCUAUAGAGCGCCUACGAAUAGCAAGAGCGAAGAAAAUAAUGCAGGAAGAAAUGGGGAACUAUUGGCGAAAUUUUAUGGUCGAAGUGAUUGACGAUAUGGAAGCAGUAUAUAUCACAGAGCGACAGUUUGUUGACGUGCGAAAUAACCUCCUGACUAACAAUCGGAGUCAUCCAGACGAAAUGGAUGCGUCACCAGGAAUUCUGUAUUUCGACGAUCCACUCGAUAAUGAUAUUUUGGAUGUUCAUCGCAGACCAAUACUUUCACGAGCUCAAGCUGUAGACGGUGAACGACUGCAGAAUUUAGGUAACGAUCUUCCGAAAAACCCCGCAGGAGAGCACGUCCCGAUGCAAGACACCAAGAGCAGGGAAGACUUCAAUUUUGAGUCGAGCUUUUCUCGAGCAAACGAUGAAACUGUGAUGUAUACCAUUGCGGAUCCCUUUUCUUCUCAUUCGGAAGAAGAAAAUGAAGCAGAUUUUGAGGCUGAUUCGAUGGUCAUUCAGUCAGAGUCAUAUAGUGAGUACGUAAUCUCCGUCUACGCACUAAUUGUUCCUUCUCUUUACGCCUUAUUUAUUUUUUAG